AGAACAAAGCACUCUCUCUCUUUCACUAAAACAUUGGGCUCUUCACCAAAGCUUCAUUUCUUCUCCUUUACCCUUUUUUUAUUCUCUCCAGAAAUAUAUUGAAUUUUUUUUACCAUUUUGGGGGAAUAUUUGGAAUCUAGGGUUCUAAUAGAAGAAAAUAUGGGGUCUUCGGUGGAUUCUAAUUCGCAUGGGAACCUGGACGAGCAGAUUGCGCAGCUGAUGCAGUGCAAGCCAUUAUCCGAACAAGAGGUUAGGGGGUUAUGCGAUAAGGCUAAGGAGAUACUGAUGGAUGAAAGCAAUGUUCAGCCUGUUAAAAGUCCUGUUACAAUAUGUGGUGAUAUUCAUGGGCAGUUUCAUGAUCUUGCAGAGCUUUUUCGAAUUGGAGGGAAGUGUCCAGAUACAAACUACUUGUUCAUGGGAGAUUAUGUUGACCGUGGUUACUAUUCAGUUGAAACUGUAACGCUUUUGGUAGCGCUCAAAGUGCGUUAUGCCCAACGGAUAACCAUCUUGAGGGGAAACCAUGAAAGCCGUCAGAUUACUCAAGUAUAUGGGUUUUAUGAUGAGUGCCUAAGGAAGUACGGCAGCGCCAAUGUUUGGAAGAUCUUUACUGACCUGUUUGAUUAUUUUCCACUCACUGCAUUGGUUGAAUCCGAAAUUUUCUGUCUCCAUGGUGGGUUGUCUCCAUCCAUUGAAACACUGGAUAACAUACGUAACUUCGACCGUGUUCAAGAAAUCCCUCAUGAGGGUCCCAUGUGUGAUCUUUUGUGGUCUGACCCUGAUGACCGUUGCGGUUGGGGUAUUUCUCCGAGGGGUGCUGGAUAUACCUUUGGCCAGGACAUAUCCGAGCAAUUUAAUCAUACAAACAAUUUGAAGCUGAUUGCUAGGGCUCAUCAGCUGGUCAUGGAAGGAUACAAUUGGGGCCAUGAACAAAAGGUUGUUACUAUAUUUAGUGCACCUAAUUAUUGCUAUCGAUGUGGAAACAUGGCUUCCAUUUUGGAAGUCGAUGACUACCAGGGUCAUACAUUCAUUCAGUUUGAACCAGCGCCGAGGAGAGGAGAGCCAGAUGUAACCCGGAGGACACCUGACUACUUCCUAUAAAAUAAACUGGCAUUGAAUCGACGAGUCUCCUGCAGCUGGUCCUUGUCAACGGGUUUGAACGAGGUUUUUUUCAAAAUUUAAGUUUAAGAUUUGUAAUUCACAAUGGUAGGUGUCAGCAAAGCCAUUGUAUAAGGCUGAUCACUGAUGAGAAUCCAUGGUAAGAGUUGCUUCAUUGGAUUAUGCUUGAGCUUCCACGGCCGAAGAGCUGGCAACACCGUUAACAGGCAUAUGUACCAUUUCAAGCAGACAAUGUUGACACUUUGUUUAUUUGUUUUCAUUGAUUUUAAUUUUUGUUUUCGAGAGUCUAGAGAUCUGUAGAAGGAUGCUGAGAACAUUUUCCAUAUAUUAAUGCUUUUCUUUC